AUGUCUGGCGCCGCUGAUAAGUCGCUCCUUGAGCGUGUUGAGUUCCCUACUAUUCCUGCCGAGGCGCAGAGACAGAUUGCUCAUCUGCAGGAGGAGUUUAUGCGUGCUGAGGUUGAGAAGCUGCGUCAGUCAAUCCCCCUCCAGAGCCCGCUCUUCAAGAAGCGUGAGGAGAUCGUCUCCGGAAACCCCAAGGUUCAGGAGGAGUUCUGGGGUCGUGUCUUCGCCGCUGCUCCCCAAGAGAUCGAUGAUUACAUUCUUCCCGGCGACAUUGCUGUGAUCGGUGAGGCUCUGUCCGACUUCAAGGUUGAGCGUUUCGAGUGCAACGAGAAGGGCGAGGGUGAGCCCCGCAGCUUGCGUUUCACCUUCACCUUCAAGACUGGCGAGGAGAACCCUUACCUCGAGAAUGAGAAGCUCGUCAAGGAGUUCUACUGGCGCAAACACAUCGUUCGCACUUCCAGUGGUAAGCGCCGCACCUGGGAGGGUCUCGUUUCCGACCCUGUCCGCAUCAACUGGAAGAAGGACCAGGAUGUCACCAAGGGUCUGUUAGAUGCUACUUGCGACCUGUUUGACGCUGAGAAGAAGAAGGGCGGUGAGCGCUCCAAGCUGCCUGAAUACGAGGCUCUUGUCCACAAGUUGGAGGAGCUCGAGGCCGAGGCUAUGGCUCACGACCACGACCAUGGCGAGGAUGAGGAGUGUGACGAUGACGAGGAGUUCACCUCCCCAUCUGGUAACAGCUUCUUCAACUGGUUCGGUUACCGCGGCCGUGAUGUCACUGCUGCCCAGUCUAAGGAGGCCGAGAAGGAGGAUGAGGAGCGCUGGGUCAAGAUCUCCAAGGGUGAGAAGGUCGAGGAGGACGAUGAGGAGGAUGAUGAUGACGAGGACAUUGAUGAGCUUGUUGAUGACCUUGAGGAGGCUGAGGCCUUCCCCGAUGGUGAUGAGCUCGCCUUCGCUUUUGCUGAUGACCUUUGGACCGAUGCCAUGAAGUACUACAUUCAAUCCUUCGAACUCGGUGACGACCUCGAUGAGCUCGAUCUGGAUGAGCUCAAUGCCGACAUGAUGGAAGAGGAUUCUGAUGAAGAUGAAGAGGAGGAUGCCAAAUCCCACCCCCGCAAGAAGGUUCGCACUUAA